UAAAACGAUAUUAUUAACGCAGGUGGAAACGAUAGGCGAUGCUUACAUGGUGGUUUCGGGCUUGUCCGAACGCAACGGCGACGAGCACUCUAAAGAGAUGGCCCUGGCUAUCCUGGACGCAGUCAAAUCGAUCACGAUAAUACACAAACAGGACGCACAGCUGAGUGUGCAGAUAGGCGUUCAUAGUGGCCCUGUAUGCGCGGAUGUCGUCGGGCAGAAAAUGCCACACUAUUGUCUCUUUAGUGACACCGUCAACAGGGCCUCUAGAAUGGAAUCGUCCGGUUUACCUUUAAAAAUCCACGUGUCACGAGCAACAAAGGAUUUCCUCGACAAGUACGGUACGUUCGAUCUCGAGUUGAGAGGCGACGUUGAGCUCAAAGGCAAGGGCAAAGUGACGAUUUUCUGGCUGACGGGUUGCUCGGAACCAGAUCCACGAGCACUUACUCCCAAGCAUCGGCGACACAGCACAAGCUUACAAGAGUGUUACGUCUGGACUACUUUUUAUAAAAUAGUCACGAACGUAAUGAUAUGUGCAGUGGCAAAGGCUGUAAUAAAUAUUAGUCCGCUCCUAACACUCUCACUGUUAGUAAAUAAAUGAGAAAACUUA